AUGUUUGUGUUGAAGCAACCUGUACGUGUGCUUUCGUUUUUCUUAUUUUAUUUAACAGUUUGUCACAGCGAACGUUUGAAGUCCACUUCAAAAACUUUGUUUGUAAAGGAGCUCUCAAUUGUUUCUAAUGUUUCAAUAAGAUACGCAAAUGUGCUUGUUCGAAGUCUUGUAGAAAAUUUGGAAACAGAAGAUGAUGAAAUUUCAUUUCAAGUGAGAAUUCCGAAAGAAGCUUUUAUUACAAGCUUUUCAAUUAUUACCAGCGAGAAAACAAUCAACGCCGUCAUCAAAGAGAAGGAUGUAGCCGCGGAAGAAUACAAUAGCGCGAAGGAAGAAGGCGUGAAUGCAGGUACCGUUACGCAACAGACAAAUGUUGCAGACGACAUAGGUAGGGACAUUUUCAAUGUCAAGGUGAAUGUUGCUGCGCAGACGACACUUGAGUUCCGAUUAGAGUACGAAGAACUUCUUAAAAAGAACGCUGGAAAAUAUUCUCAGAAGCUUUUCGUCGAUUCAGAUCACGUGAUACCACGAUUAGAAGUUUUCUGUGAGUACAGGGAGAAGCAAAAUUUUAAACAAUUUUCCUAUCAAAACCCGUUAGAUGGUAGAAAAAUUAUUUUGAGAAAUGAAGAAAUGUCGGACGAUGGUUCUUUUAUACGAAAAGUUCAAUGGAACCCUAGUGUUAGUCAGCAAGAUUCGACACAGUUCGGUUUUACGAAACCAUUCGAAAUAGAGUACGAAUUGGAGCCCCCCAAAGACGGUGGAAUAGUUUACUACAAUGGAAAUGGCGAAUUUGUUCAUUUCUUUUCACCAACAUCGUGCGAAGAGGAAGACGUAAUGUCAAAGCAAAUUGUUUUUGUUAUUGACAUUAGCGGAUCUAUGCAAAAUGACCCAGUAAAACAAGUCCGACAAACCAUGGCACAGAUUUUGUCACGGCUUCGUUUGAAGGACUACUUCAAUAUUGUUAUAUUUAACGAUUAUGCAACUUCGUGGUCGACUCGAUUCCGACAAGCUACUGCUGCCAAUAUAGAAGAUGCUAAACAAUUUGUGAGCAGCAAAGUUAUUGCAAAAGGGUCUACAAAUAUAAAUGAUGCUUUAUUGAAAGCCAUAAGCCUUUUUAGUCAAACAUUGGAGUCAUCGGAAGAUUUUCACAUUGGACAAAUGGUUGUGUUUUUGACCGAUGGUUCUCCUACGGUUGGUGUAACGAACAGAGAAGAUAUACGACAGAAUGUCCGUGACAUAAAUUUCUACGAUGGCGUAAUGUGCUGCAAAUCAAUUAUUCACGCAAUCGCAUUCGGAAAAGGAGCCGACAGAAAUUUUUUACGCACUUUAGCCCAUGAGAAUGAAGGAACGUUAACAAUUGUGAGAGACAUUGAUGAAGAAAGUGAAAGUUUUAUUGACCUUUAUCAUGGUAUUGAAAGCCCUUUUUACAAAAACAUUGAAUUUACCUUUACGGCAGAUGAGAAGAUUAUACCAGAAGCAAACAUUACGCGCCCUCAAUUCAAACUGCUCGAUUGUAAUGCAGACAUUGUUGUAGCCGGUCGAACCUACCCAAAUGCAGAAAUACACUCCGUGAUUAUAGCUUCUGAAAACAAUGACAGAGUCGUAUUUGACAACAUUACAACCGUGCGUACACGAGAUAUUGAUGAGAAGAAAUUGGCACGCCUUUUUAUUUACGAAAGAGUCAAACAACUUCUCGAAGAGGCCGAUAUCAGCACGGAUUCGAAAAGUAAAAAACUAGCAAAUGAUAAGGCCCUUGAACUGUCGUUAGAGCAUAAAUUUGUGACUCCAUUGACUUCUCUCGUGGUUACAGAAUAUUCUCCUGAGAAACUUACGAAUAUACCCGGUCCGACCAAAUCAAACUCAAAAACGAAAAAUAACCAGGGCGCGUCCUCGUUUGGGACUGGAGCGAUCUACGAUGCAUACGACUAUGGAGUAGACGACUUAACUAGUCAACCUGACUAUGUUGAUAUUGACAAUUCACUGCAACUCGUUGGUGGAAACUCCGCUUCAUUUAUGACAUUUAAUUACGGCAUUAAAAUCAUAUCAUUCCUGACAAUUCAAAUCUUGUAUAAAUUGUUUGUAUAUUUUUUCUAA